AUGCUGGUCUAUAAAUCACCACCAUCCAUGAACUUCCUCAUACACCAUCUUCAUUCUUUACUUCUCAAAGCCUCAUUAACUACUAAAUUGAGUCAAAAUAACAUGUCUUCCUUCAUAACCUUUUCCACUCUUCAUUUCCUUUUUCUACUUUAUAUAGCCUCAAUCUUUGUUGAGCUCCAUGCCAAUGGUAGCUCAAACUCAUUAAUCCUAAGUUUAACUCACUCGAGGUCGAAAAUUCGUCCUACUCGAAAACUCGACUAUUAUGAUUACACGUCCAAGAAAACACCCAAUGGCAUCGUGCCACUCAACGAGCUACGAGACGGGCACGUUAUGUCCCUCUCAGUAGGCUCUCCUUCUCAAACCAUCGACAACUUAGUCCUUAGCACGGGUAGCGAUCUCGUCUGGAUGCAUUGUGGGACUUUAUCCAACCAUUUCAAAUGCAUCGAUUGCACUGACUCUCCUCUUUGUGCUGAUAUUCAUAACUCCGACAAUUACGACACUUGCACCUCGGCCGGUUGCGCGUUGAGGGACACAGUCAACGACAAGUGCUCUAAACCGUGCCCUUUGUUUUCGUACUCUUAUGUCGAUGGGCCUGUGGCCGGGUUUCUUGCUAAUGACACCAUCGUACUCCACGCAAAGAAUCAACCCAAUACGCGGCAAUAUAUUUCUUUCGGUUGUGUUCAAUCCUCAUAUAGAAUGCCGUUGGGUCUCAUAGGGUUCGGAAAAGGCCCGCUCUCACUCCUUUCGCAGCUAGGGUUUACGAAUAACGGGUUCGCUUAUUGCUUUUUAUCUUUCGAUUUAUCGAGCAACCCUAAUGUUUCGGCCCCACUAAUUCUAGGCCACCUAGCGACAUCCUUGAAAGAGCAUUUGCAGUUCACCCGAAUGCUAUUGAAUCCCAUCUCCCAGAAUUUGUACUACAUUGGUCUCGAGAGUGUUACCGUGGGCAACAAGGUAAAUAUACAAGCCCCCAAAAGCUUGAGAGUGUUUAGCCGGUCGGGUGAAGGCGGCAUGUUGAUCGACUCCUCAACUAGCAACACGCAUUUACCCGACCCUCUUUAUUCGCAACUUCAGGAGGCGAUAAAGUCCAUGGUAAAAUACAAUCGGGCCUCAGACGUGGAGGCUAAGUCGUCGUUUGACCUAUGUUACCAAAAAAUGGAUGACGACGAGGCGGCAGCCGCAGUGUUUGGAAGCUUCCAACAGCAGAACAUCGAAGUUGUUUAUGAUCUACAGAACGAGAGAGUCGGAUUUCAGACAGUUGACUGUGUCUCGUACGGAAAGCAACUUGGGCUUUGA